AUGGGUAAGGACACCAUUGCUGACAUAAUAACCUCUAUACGAAAUGCUGACAUGAAUAGAAAAGGGACGGUUCGAAUACCAUCUACUAACAUCACCGAAAACAUUGUUACAAUACUUUUUCGAGAAGGUUUUAUUGAAAACGUGAGAAAACAUAGGGAAAGCAACAAAUAUUUUUUAGUUUUAACUCUACGGCAUAGAAGAAAUAGGAAAGGGUCAUAUAAAACUAUUUUGAAUUUAAAACGAAUCAGUAGACCUGGUCUACGAAUCUAUUCUAAUUAUCAACGAAUUCCUAGAAUUUUAGGAGGGAUGGGCAUUGUAAUUCUUUCUACUUCUCGAGGUAUAAUGACAGAUCGAGAGGCUCGAUUAGAAAGAAUCGGCGGAGAAAUUUUAUGUUAUAUAUGGUAA